UGAACAUCAGAAGCUGCGCGCGGAGCUCGCUGGCCGUUUAAGCCAACAGAAAUAACGAGCGUCAGGACUAAACGUCGACUGGUGCCACUGAGGGGAACGAGGGAAAAUAAGCUGAGAGCAAGAAAUGGACUGGUUCCACUGCAAUCAGUGCUUCACCAAGAAGGGGUCAAAGUUUGCCGUGUCCAGCUGUGGUCACAUCUUCUGUGAGGCAUGCAUCAAAGCCAAGCAGUGCAGUGUGUGUGGAGCAGGCUGCAGUUAUUUACCCAUCACAGAUAAGAUGAAGGAACAGGAAAAGAUGUUUUUCAUGGACCCCAUGAAGCUCAUCCAGUCACGGUUCGAGAACGUUCUGAAGAUUUCAAAAUUUCAGCAAUCUCAGAUGGAGCGAGUCAUGAUGUACUUCAAGCGCAAGGGUGUUGAACUGGAAAGACAUCUGAAGGAGAUCACAGAGCAGAGUUACAGGUUGAAAAAAGAGAAUGCUGAAUUAAAAAAGCAGCUUUCAGAGCUGAGAGGAGAGGUUGCUGAAUUGAAAAAGCCGCUCUCUCAGAGGAGGUCACAGGUUUCUCCAGGACAGUUUAAAAUGGAGGGUUCUCAAAGGAUGUCGCUCCCUGUAGCGGUCACCUCUCCAGUUACCCCUCGCUCAAGAUCUGUGAGUCACCUAGGGUCAGCAGAGAUGCAGGGGUGGGCCAGAGAUCGAGGUCCCAGCAUGUCUUCCUUCACAGUAAGUCUUCAUGCCUUUAGACCCGCUGUUCAUUAAUGUUAUCAAUGUCAAAAACAACUGAACAUUAAAAAAUGAACAACUACUCCUGAAAUAGUUGACAUUUUACAGACCUCAGCUGGCAAUUAUAGUUUGUUUGACAACGCGAACUCUUAGAACUUUAGGUCAACCUAAGAGCUUACACUGCAGCUUUACAGGAGGUAUAACACCACUGUCUGUAUCAACAGCCAUAUUUCAAAGAUUGGAUGUACAUUAUAGUUCUAUCUGGGGCUGUCAUGAUAGAAAAUCUUUUAAAUAUUAUACAAAAAUCAGUGUCAGUACCCAUUUUGAUAUCAUGACAACAAAACCAGACUGCAUCCAAAAUCAGUUAGUUUUAUGUUUUAAAUGUUAAAGAAUUGCAAGUAACUUCAAUCACACUGACUAUAUUCACAAUUACACUGUCAGCAAAACAUUAGUAAUGUAUUUGUGCAAUUAAUGCCAUUGGUUUGGAAUGCCCUUGCAAUAUUUGAUGGACUCUUUCCUCUCCCAGGUAUAUGUCUUAUGAAAACCUGAAUUAUUUUCACAAAUUUGCAUUUUUUUAAUUAUACAUCAAUACAAUUAUGGAGAUUGUAUCACUUAAACACCAAGUACAGGAAAGUAUCAAGACCUAUAUAAACAGAGUUUACUUAACAGGAAACCUCCAUAAAAACACAAACCUAACAUUUAAUUUAUGGAGAGUUACAGCAUGUUUGAAGGAACUGAUAAAUCUGUCUCUGCAGUGACUAAAGUGCAUCAAAACAUCAACUAAUUUGGUAACACUGGAUGAAAGAUCAAUUUUAAACAGCAUACAUCCUCCUGAAAACUUACUGCUGUUGCUGAAUUUUUUAAUGGAUAUUGCUUUUGUGCACAGCAUCUCUCGUAGCCUGUGUGUCCAGAAAAUAGGUUUAUUGUGGAGGUGUCACAAUGGCAGAAUUUUAACUUUUAUAUGAUUCUAGUAAAUAUCAAACAAUAUCAAUGUGUUUUCAAACACAGCAACAGAAGUCUUACAAACCCAACGCUGGGUGGUUUCUGUUUUUCUUAGUUACCAAAAGUUACUGGCAAACUCCAAUACACUGUCUAUACUGCACAACAAGAGGCGACAUUUCUGUAGAUUUUUGAGGGACUUUUGUGUGUCUCUGUCUUAUGGUAGUUUAUAAAGAGUUUUUCUGUGAUUCUUUUGAUCAGUAAAAUUGCAAAGAUUGUAGUGUUUUAAAAUGUAUUAAUUGAAAAAUAUUGAAAAGUGUAAAGUAUGGCUUAAGAAUAGCUUUUUACACCAAACUCUAUUUAUGAGCGUAAUCCAUUAUCUGUCUUGUAUAUAAAUACUAAAAACCAGUUUUUCUUUAAUUCAAUCAAUGAAAUUCACCAAAAGUAAACUUUGUUUCCCCUUUCCAAGAGGUUAUGCUGAUGCGGCUAUAUGAGGCAAACAAUACCAUUGAAAGAUUAUUGAUUACUUUUAGUAUUUGUCAUUAGGGCUGGGCAGUUAAUUGCAAAGUGGAUUAAAUUGCAAUAUGGCCUGCUGCAAUUUACAAAUCGCAAAAGUUGCAAUAUUUCUAUAACUUGAAAUGUGUCAAAAUACCAGUUUGAUAUUUUUUCCAGCAGAUUUUAUACACAUAAUGCAAAAAUCACACUUUUUUAAAAUAAAAAUUCCUGCUUUACUAAUAUGUGUUUUUGUUUUUAAAAUGAGAUUGACAAAAAAAUGAUUAUCCUCUUCAAUUUAGCAAUUGAUAUCAAAUUUGUAAUAUGAGCCAAAAUAAUUGCAGAUAUGUUUUACAUUUUUUUCCCUUAGUAUAUUAUAUCUAAUAUUAUGUACAUUAAAAUUUAGAAUGAUUUAUUGCUUGUAUUUAUUGAAAAAUAUGUAAGAUGAGGAACCUUAAAAUUAUCGCAUAUUAAAUCGCAAUCGCGAUAUUGGGGAAAAAAAUCACGAUCACAUUAUGUUUGCAUAUCGUUCAGCCCUAUUUGUCAUCUUUGCCACUGGAUCAGUGUCAGACGGAAGUUAGACUCAAUUGGGCUAAAAGUGCAUUUAGUAAUUUCUCAGGAAACGACUCAGAGUGAGUAAUAUGACUGGUUAUUACAGUGAACAGUGAAUUUUCCUUUUGGUAUAAUAGCUGUGAAGUUAAAGAGAAAAUCUAGAUUUUCAUUUGUCAAAAACUUUGAUUUUCCAAACAUAUGAUUUAUCAGUAAAAGCAAUUUAUCACCCAGCACAACUAAAAGCAUUUGGGUGACCUUUAUUUCACCUCAACUACUAAAUGUCUCUAAAACCUCUUGGAGGAGCUACUAAGUUGAGCUGAGGUUCAAAUAUUCUUGUCAAACUACAAGAAUCAAUUUUAGUGCGUUAGAGACAAAUACACAUUCACUGAGCAGGUUCAUAUAACAUUUAAACAGUAUUUAAAACAGAAAUUUCUGUUGAUUUGUACUUUUUCUUUGCAUAAUUUCUUU